UUUUGUUUUGACUAAUUUUUUUGUCAAUAUAAUUAAUAAUUAAUGGAUUUCGGCCCAUCAACCAAAGUCAGUGCAUCCAUCCUAAUCAAAUUUGAUUCCGUUCCGAACCGUUGGAUGAUUCUUCGCAAAUCCGUUACACCAACGCGUCCCCCCUCAUAAACCCGCAUCCACAACAUUACAAAAACCACAGUGGUGGUUCCCGCUCGCCCCCGUUUGAAAUUGCAGAGAACACACACAGAGAGAGUAACCGAUGCCAAAUCCAAUCCCAUUUCACAGUGACACACAAGAACAAAAUUGAAGGCAACUGAGAUCCAUCGAUCGAUCGAUCAUGGAUUCCAUUUCCGACCUCCCACUCUUAGAAAUCGCCGUCGAAGACGAUUCUCUUCUCUCCGACGCUCCCACAUCCACCAACGUUUUCUCCUGUUCCCCUCUCAUUUCUCUCAGAUCUCUCCCUCCUCAAUCAGAUGGAGUAGAUUCUGAAAAUCUGAAUUCCUCUUCCAAAGAGAACUCGAAUUCUAACAGACCGGAAGCCCCCAAGCUUAGCGUGGAGCGUUCACAGAUGAAGCGGAAGAAGAAAGGCGGCGGCGGUUACAACUUGCGCAAGAGCUUGGCUUGGGAUCGCGCUUUCUUUACCGAACAAGGUGUUUUGAACCCGGUGGAGCUUUCUAUGAUCAGUGGCACUGCCACUCCUAAUAUGGAGGUUAUCCAGGAAGAAGAGCCCGUUGCCACUUCGUUAGCCUUGCAACAAAUUGAAGAAAAUCUGUUCAAGCAUUCGUCGGACGGUGUUAUUACCAUUGGACAUAGAAAGAAUGGUGCUGGUGUUGGUUUAUCUCCGAAGCCUGCUGCAUUAACCAAACAAACUCUAACCCCGACUUCCAUGGCAAAGCGGAAGGUACUUGCAAACAAUGAUGUGGUUGGAAGUGCAUCUAAGCGCAGUGCCUGUCCACGGCUGGUACCUUCAUCCUCACUAAAAAAACCAGACAUGGCUAAAGGGCCAAGUAAAGAAGUGAAAGUCACUAGGAUACCAGGUCGGAAAUCCGAUCUUCCUGUGAGCACAAGAACAACUGCUAGGAGUGGAACUUUGAGCAGAGACUCCACAAAGAGAAAUCAGAAUGCUUAUCCUGCCAAUAAUAUUCAGAAGUAUUCUCGAGUUACAGGCCAGUCAAAAAAUCCUAGACCUGUGCCAAGUAACCCAAAAGCUGAUCCGGCUAAAAAAUGUUCAGUUACUGGAACUCUUACCAAGCUGGCUGCAAAACAAUUGAAUAACUCAGUUUCAGAAACACAUCCACCAUCCAGAAUGUAUCAACCAGGAAGUGGAGCAAAUAAGUCAGAAGCUUGUCUUCCACAAGGUGUUUCUGACACUGUUGAAAAAAAGCAACAGACACUUUUUCAAAAAACAAAAUCAUCUGGCCUAAGGAUGCCAUCUCCCUCUCUGGGAUACUUUUCUCAGUCAAAAGCUUCCAGUUCACAUAGCCAAUUGCAGAAAAGCUCUAAACCUUGCAAUCCAGCUGUGAGUAGCAUUCCUAAAGUAAGGAAGUCGGAAAUGAUUUCUAUUAAUGAAACAAGACUCCCUCUUGCUCCUAGGAAAAGGUCUGAAAUUAUCAAAGGAGCACAGAAGAAUUGCUCCGAGGGAUUAAGCAUUUCAGAUGUAAAGUCCGAACCAAGCAUACAAAUAGAAAAUAAGCAGAUGGUUGGUGCAGAAGUCGAAUGUGAUUCUUUGGGUUCUGAAAAAAUAAGUAACCAUGUAAAGGUUGGAAACAUUCUUGUACAUGUCAACUUAAAAUAUAAGGAACAAGAAGUACAUAAAAGUGAGAAUGUUGGCAGCAAGGAGGACGUGGUACUCCCUUUACAUGAAAAUAAACUUCUUUCCAAGAGUCAUACCAAUGAUCAGUUGGAGGAAGAGAUUGGCCACCCUCAGGAUGAAAAAUUAUAUGAUAUCUUGUCAAAUGGGGAUCAGUCUUUAUUUCAGGAGCAACAAUCUAUGGACUACAACAGCCUGCAGAGAACUUCAAAUAAUAUUUCAAAUACUAUGCAUAAUGCCGUGGAACAAGAUGAAGAUGAGGAAAUCAGACCGCAUGCUUGUGAUGUUCUGACUUCUAAUGAAAAUUUGGUGCUACUGGCAGAGCAUGGGGCUUCUUUUGAGAAUAGUAGACAUUCUGUAGAGUUGAAGGAAUACAGUAGUGUCAAGGUUGCACUUUUAAAUUCUAGUCUUACUGAUUUUAGUGAAACUGCUUUGGGAGGAUCGAUACAAGGUAUCCCGUGCAAGAAUACUGAACAGGUUGAUUGUGGUGCUGGUGAUUUUGGUAAAUAUGGACGGGAUGCAAAAGUACAUUUAUUGAAUGGGAAUCUCUCAGUCAGUUGCAAUGAAAUCACCCAAACAAAUUUGGAUGCAGUUAAUCAGCAGUUGCAGGGGGGACAACUCAAGACUUCAAGUCCUAGUAUUGUUGGAGAAAUUAGUUCAAAAAAUGAAAAUGAAUGUCUUAUAGAUAAUUGUCAGCUAGUUCAUGUGGCAAUUUUGGCUUCCAAAAUUUCUCCUCAAAAGUCUGUGCAAGAAAUCAAUGGUGCUACUCAAAGUGAAUCACAGAUGACUGAAAUUGAAGACUGUCAUCCUCCAGUAGGUGUGCAAUCAGGUCUCAUUCUGGAAAGACCAGUUGAUGAAGAAUAUGACCAGGUUAUUGACUCCAAAGUAUUGCAUGAUGGAACUCAAUCGUUUGAAUUGGAUAUCUUCAGAACUGUUUUGACAACGGCUUGCUGCACUAAGGUUUAUGAUUCUCCGAAAAGAAGACCUUUUUGUGAGAAUAAUAUAGAAAAUCUCAAUUUUACAUGUCCCACGGGGAAAGCUGAUCGUUAUUCCGGGGGAAGUGAUAUGUCAAUUAGUAGCUGCAGUCCCAUGUCUGAAUCACAGCUUAGAGAAGACAGUUUUUCUAGGGAAACUUCCUUGCACGGUGAUGUUCAGCGUGAUGUCCCUGGAAACUUUGAGCAACAAGCUAGUAUGUUAGCAUAUCCUGACAUUAAUGAAAUGCUUUGUGAGGAUGAGAGUCUAGUGCUAAAUCAUGGACGCUUGCUUCAUCAGAGUGAAAUUUCUGAAGUUUCCGUAGAUUUCAAUUCAAACACCAAAGAUUUUAUUGGUCAUGGAGCUGAAAACCCCUCUGGCUUUUUACAAGGUACAGAAUUGGCUCAAUCAGUCCAAGAAUUUGAACACACCAACAAUGAGAUUGAGGAGCAACAAGCUAGAAUGUUAGCAAAUCCUGAAAUUAAUGAUACUGUUUGUGCGGAUGAGAGUGUAGUGCCAAAUCAUGACCACUUGUUUCUUCAGAGUGAAUUUUCUGUUUCUGUAGAUUUCAUUUCGAAUACCAAAGAUUCUAUUGGUAAGGGAGCUGAAAACCCCUCUGGCCUUUUACAACAUACAGAAUUGAACCAAUCAGCCCCAGAAUUCGAACACAUUAACAGAGAGAUUGAGGAAUCAUAUGUGGAAGACGUACAAGCGCAGAUCUUUAAUGAAAAUUCAGUGGCUGACAACUGCAACAAUAAACACGGUCUUUCAGUUUCUAUUGAUCAAUUAUCAUUGGAAGAUCAUAAUAAUAUAAAAGAAGAUUCCGAGAAUGUUGAUAAGAUACUGCACUUGGAUGGUGACUGGCUGCCCGCAGAUAUUGCUUCCUCUGAAGAAAUCAGUGAAAAAAAUUUAUAUGAGGGAGCAUUUGAAGGAUGCAAUAUCCAUAUAAGCGAACACUAUGCUUACAAUCAUCACAUUCAGGCUAUGCCUGAAAACAAAGAUGGCAAUAGUAAUGUGGAUGAAAAGGCCGAGCUUUUGCAAAUCAAUGAUACAAGAAAGGUUUCUUCUGACAUAUCACCAUUAGUCGAAGUUCUACUCAACGCAUGUGAUGUGAAUGAACACAGUGCUUCCAAUCAUCAUAUUCAGGCUGCGCCUGAUAACGAAGAUGGAAAUAGUGAUGUGGAUGAAAGAGCAGAGCUUUUGAAGAUUGAUGAUGCAACAAAAGGUGCUUCUGACAUAUUCCCAUUAGUUAAAGUUCAACUCAAUGCAAGUGAUUUGCCUGAACACAAUGCUUCCAAUCAUCAUAUUCCAGAUUUGCCUGAAAACCAAGAUGGGAAUAGUGAUGUGGAUGAAAGGGCAGAGCUUUUGCAAAUCGAUGAUGCAACAAAAGGUGCUUCUGACAUAUUGCCAUUACUUGAAGUUCAAGGCAAUGCACGUGAUUUGGCUGAACACAAUGCUUCCAAUCAUCAUGUUCAUGAUAUGCCUCAAUACAAAGAUAGAAAUAAUGAUGUGGAAGAAAGGGCAGCACUUUUGCAAAUUGAUUAUGCAAAAAAAGGUGCUUCUGACAUAUUGCCAUUGCUUGAAGUUCAACUCAAUGAUAGUGUUAUUUCUGCUGACUUUGAUUCUUCUAUAAAAGUGAGCGAAGAUCCCUUUACAAAGAUAGAUGCUUGGAAAUCUGAGGAUCAGUGUUCUUUAGGUGAAAAUUCAAAGUUACGAGCUUCAGAUAAUCUAACCUUUAAUGCAAGAAUCCCACAAGGCAGUGAAGUUAGUUCAUUAGAUAGUAAACGUUUUUCAGAUGAAGCUGAAACUAUCUUUGAGAAAGAUGAUUUUCCUAAUACCGACAUGCAGCAUCAGACAAAAGGCGACAUUAGUAUUGCAGAAGACAGCAACAAAAUGAUUCAACUCCCGAAAUCUACGAUUAAAAGCAAACAGGAAGUUCCUGCAUUGAAGCCUCCACCAAAUGCUGCUCCAUUUUCUGAUGAAUGGUUAGCUGCACUUGAAGCAGCUGGAGAGGAGAUUUUAACAAUGAAAAGCGGCGCUGUACAAAAUUCUCCCCCUCACAAGCCUCAGCAUGAACCAAGUCCUUGGUCCCCGGUGAGACGUAAAAGCCAAGCCAUUGGACCAUUUGACUGUACCAAAGUAACCAAACACAACGUGCAGCAUUCCGGUUAAAAGUGACAAAACUAGGAUUUGAUCCUUAAAAUAUCAUUAAUCACUAACCUUUUUGUCUUUGCUUGAACGAACCUUCAACAGCUUUAGGAGUUAGAACACGUUGUGUGGAGCAAGUGCUACGCGGAUAGACUUGGAGCUUUCCACAGUUAUGCCUUACUCUGAAGAUGCUUAUAAAUAAAAUAUCAAACUGAUUGUUCUCAA